CGACCGCAAGGUUGGAAUGGUUUACUCAGCGCUGACGCAAACCGUUGCGUUCGUGUCAAUCAGCACGGCGAAAGAUAUUGCACGAGAAUGAUGAAAUUCAAUCAUUGCAUUGAAUCUUGCUUUCUCCCAAUCGUCCCGGCAGGGUUGCAUAAUGCUGCAAAUUUCAAUGAUUCUGCUAACACCAAUUGCAUCGAGAACCAUUUCGCCGAUAGAGUGCAACAGUUAUGAGGAGUGUCCUCAACCAUAUUAACAUACACCGGUGAAACGAAUUAACAAUUCACAUCACACUUGUAACGAAAAAGACAAAUAUCAUUUUCAAGCGGCGUGCCCUUCUAUUUCCCUCCCAAAAAAAUAAAGAAGGCACACAACACACACACGCUCUAAUGACAGAAGCGUGGCAAUCGGACCCCAUAACAAGCGUUCCGAGUUCGGCCACAUUACAUCGUCUCUGUUCCGAUGGUGUCGGCGUCUUCGCCUAUGCCCCAUAAUCCAUACAUUUCGAUAGAAAAGGGUAGAACAACAAAACACGGCAAGAAAGGCUAAUGCUAAGACGGUCCCCCGGUGCCGGUUGUUUUCUUCUUCGAGCUGCAAGAGAAGCGAAGAGAUAAAAGCGCGGCAGCGUGUGCGCAGUACAUAGAAAACAAAACUCUCAAUAGCGUGCGACUGGUGUGUGUGCGUGAUGGUCGCGGCGAAUUUCAAACUAAACACACCGUGGUUUAACGAAAGUAAAGAAAAGUGAAGAAGUGAAGGUAGUAAUUAGAAAUAACGCGUGUAGCCAUUUAGCUAUUCCAAUCAGAAAAGGAGAUAUCGAUUCUAGCUAUCAAACCCCCAGUCGGAAUCUUAUCGUAACCCCGUUUGACCGUUUUCAUCCAUCUCGCUGGUCCUGGUGGUGUGUUUGCCUUUGCUGCGUGUGCGUGCGUUAGUGUUGGUGAAAGCGCCGAACGAACGAAAAACUCGUUCUCGCGUCUCGCUGGAUUCCGCAUGGUGUGUGCGCGCGCGAACCGUUUGCGUAGCGUUUGCCUUCGCUGGCUCAUUCAUCGAACGACCGGGCCGGGAGUCGGACCACAAAAACUGUACUGUGCCUGCUGCGUGAAGUCAAACGUAGCGUGCCGUGGGUUCUCAUCCCCAAACCGUGUACCACACAACUUGGAAGUGUUGUGCAGUGUAAAGGGACACACGUCGCACACGUGUGCACUGUGUGAGUGUGUUUGUGUGUGUGUGAAGAGGAGAUCCCUCACGAGCGUGAGUUAGCGUUGUGAAGUGAAGAAAGAAACGAUAAGAAGCGGAACGAUAUUUACGGAAAAUCUAUCAUCAUGGGCGAUCAAACCGUGCCAGCGAAGGGCAAUGUUUUGGGAUCGCUCAUCCCAGCCCGCUACAUUCUGGCCGUGCUCGGCUCGAUCGCGAUGGCGAUCAUUUAUGGGCUGAAGGUGAAUCUGAGCGUGGCGAUGGUGGCGAUGCUGAACCAUUCGGCCCUUGCCCACAACGCUGCGUCGGCGGUCGGGGCGAACGAACACCACCACCAGGUUAACGCGGAACCCGUCUGCCAGGGAAGCAACUCAACCGAAGCGGUCGAGGAUGGACCAUUCAUCUGGAGCGAACCGGUGCAGGGCAUCAUCCUGAGCUGCUACUUCUGGGGCUACCUGGUGUCCCAGGUGCCCGGUGCCCGCGUCGCCGAAUCGUUCUCCGCCCGCUGGGUCAUGUUCUUUUCCGUGCUGAUCAACGUGGUCUGCACGCUGCUGACGCCCGUCGCGGCCAAGAUGCACUACGUCGCGAUGAUCGUGAUGCGCAUCGGCGAAGGCAUCGGGGGAGGUGUCACCUUCCCGGCCAUGCACGUGAUGCUGGCAUCCUGGGCGCCGCCGAACGAGCGCAGCGUCAUGUCGGCGAUCGUGUACGCCGGCACUGCCCUCGGCACGGUCAUCUCGAUGCUGAUGGCGGGCGUGCUGGCCGGCACGCUCGGCUGGGAGUCCGUGUUCUACGUGAUGGGCGGUCUCAGCUGCCUGUGGAUGGUGCUGUGGCUGUGGCUGAUCCAGGAUACACCCACCAAGCAGGCGUUGAUUAGCCAGGAGGAGCGUGAUCUCAUCACCACGUCGCUCGGCACGGGUGCGGCCAGUGCGCACAACGAGCCGAAACCGUGGCGCAAGGUCUUCACGUCCGCCCCGUUCUACGGCAUUCUGAUUGCGCACAUGUGCAACAACUGGGGCUGGUACAUGCUGCUGAUCGAGCUGCCGUUCUACAUGAAGCAGGUGCUGCAGUUCAACAUCAAGGAGAAUGCGGUCGUGACCGCCAUCCCUUUCCUGACGAUGUGGUUCUUCAGCAUGGCGCUCAGCAAGACGCUGGAUGCGCUGCGCUCCCGGGGCAAGAUCACGACGACGAUUGCGCGCAAAACGGCCACCUUCAUUGCGUCCGCCGUGCCGAUGGGCUGUCUGCUGGCGCUCUGCUACAUUGGCUGCCAGCGGGGCCUGGCGGUGGCACUGAUGACGAUCGGCAUUACCGCGAUCGGUGGCAUGUUCUGUGGGCUGCUCUCGAACCACAUCGACAUUGCACCGAACUAUGCCGGCACACUGAUGGCGAUUACGAACACGGCCGCCACGCUCUCCGGCAUCAUUGUGCCCAUCUUCGUUGGACAGAUUACGCACGGAAAUCAAACGAUUGGCGCUUGGCGGGUGAUCUUUUUCGUAACGAUCGCUCUGUACGUGGUGGAGAUCAUUGCCUAUUUGCUGCUGGCUUCGGGCGAAGAGCAACCAUGGAACAAGGGCGACAAACCGGCCAGCUCGAUCGAAGCGGCCGAAGCGGAAGCCACACCGCUAAACACGAAGGAAUCGAAGCAGAGCUACAACGGCCAAGAUCAGUAAUUGCAAUCGGAAACAAAACACAACACAAGACUACAAACAGCAGGGACAAGGGCUGGCGCAACACACUUUUAGCUUUCAAGUACGAUAUUGAUGGGGUAGCGCUCCAUAUCUCCAUCUCCAUCUUAUCAUUUCUUGUGUUUUGUUCGUUUUCGAUCGGUCAAUUACCGUGGUAGAACUGUGGAAAAUGGUGGCCACUCUCUAUUUUAAUAUUCUUACCGAAAAGCAAUCGUGUACUUAUGGUUAGAACUAGCUAAGUUUAUUUGAUUUAUCGAUUAAAGAAAGACUUGAUGGCUUGAAGCGAAGCGAGCGGAGAAGGCCAGUACACACAAAGAUAAGCAAUUUGCGUGCAACAAAACAAAACUCUCACUCUUUCUCUUUCCCCGUGUAUGGUUAAUAUUUCACAGCGAACCACUGUUCUGAUAGCAGCCAAUGUGUUCUCGUAAUACGAUUGUUUUUAAAUAUUUUAGGAAAUCGUGAAUGGAGCUGAAAUAUUUACCACCCAUCUUUAAACUGAAUGGCAUUUAAUUGAAACACCGCCUGUUGAGUUAGAACUGCUCAUUCAUAUGUGAACAAACCCGCCUUGACAGAAUGUGUGUGUUGUAAAAAUCACAGCUUUACUAAAAAUUCAUCGUCUAUUGCAAAAUUUGGAGUGAAUUAUGAUGAGCGGCAAAUCAGCGGAACUUGGAACAGAGAACAAAAUUAGAUAGAAUGAAGGCACGAAAGUAUGUUAGCUGCAUCCUGCUUUAGGUCAUAUAUAGAAACAACCCACACGAUGUUAGUUACUUCAUGAUGAUAAGACGAGAAAAGUAAAAUAAAAUCAUACAAAUACUGUA